GCAGAGUACAAGGCAACAGAGGCUUCCGAGACCAUCGCGAGACUGGAGCCAGCGAUGAAGCAGCUACAAGAAGCCAGCAAGGAGGUUGCGCAGCUGAGAAGCUUCUCGAUGGAGCAGGCCAGCAAGAUCCAAAAUGCGACUGCAGAGGAGAUGAUGAACCUCGAGACCAAG